AUGAAGACUGUCACCCUGUUCAUUGGCGCCUUGGCUGUGGCCUCGGCGGCUUCUGUCGAUUUAUCAAAAGUUAAACGAAUUGAAGACUUGGACCAGUUUUGGGACCAGUUGGAUCCGUCUUUGCGAAUUCAUCGUAGAACAAUGACGGCUCCGGAUGACAGAAUAGUGAACGGCGAGGAGGCCCAACCGGGACAGUUUCCAUAUCAGGCGUUGAUAAUGAGUUUCUUCCAGGAUGGCACUGGUGGAUGGUGUGGUGCUACGCUAGUGUCUCAAAACUACGUAAUGACAGCUGCCCAUUGCGUUCAUAUUGGAUCUGUGCCCACUCAUGGAACCAUCACUCUUGGAGUUCACAAUCGAGCGGUAGAAGAAGAAACUCAACAGAGAAUCAAUUACGGUACCGUCAACGUUCAUCCAAAUUAUUCAUCAACGUAUUUGCGUAACGAUAUCGCCACCAUCCAACUGUCAACUCCGGCAGUGUUCAACGAAUUUGUUCAGCCAAUCGAUCUUCCGGCAGUUUCGGAUGAUCGCUCAUUCGCAGGAUUAACGGGAAUCAUCUCCGGAUUCGGUCACACCUCCGCAGAUGGCGCUUCGGACGUGGUCAUGUACACUAGUAAUCCGAUUAUGACCAAUGCUGAUUGUCUAGCGGCGUUCCACGAAGAAGCAGUCCAAGCACAGAAUAUCUGUUUGUCCGGAGAGGGCGGCCGGUCGGUGUGUUUCGGAGAUUCCGGUGGUCCACUAGCCGUUCGGGAAAAUGAUCGCAGUGUACAGGUUGGCAUUGCGUCCUUCGUCCACUGGAAUGGUUGUUUCAACGGUGAUCCUUCUGGAUUUGCCCGCGUCUCGUAUUUCCUGACUUGGAUAGGCCAAAACUCGGAUGUUGUGCUGCGAGAGUAG